AACUAGGAUCACAAGGAGUAACAGGAGACUUCUGAUAGCAGAUUGGUUGAUCCUAACCUUGAUAUAAAGAAAAUUUCUGCAUCAUUGUACAAAGUGUGAGCCAUCGUCAGUAAUCUGUGGUGUCGGUGCUAGUUCAGACUUUUGCCAUGAGGUCACAGAUGGUCAUGUCUUUGUGUUAUAUCAGCCUCUUAUGCAUGCAGCAGCUCCCAGGAUUACAACCUCUACCCUCUCCAAACCUUCUGCUGCUUCCCACUCCCAGGGAGCCCCCUUCCAAAGAGAAUCAUGAUCAGGAGGGAUACCUUACAGACUAUCAAACUAUAACCCCAUCUCAGAAUGAACUGCGGAUAGAUCUUCGAGCUCUGCAGAGGAAGAAGAGACGAGCUCACCGAUCACAGCCUGUACGACUCAUGCGCGUUGGCUGCGCUUUGGGAACCUGCCAAGUGCAGAAUUUGAACUACAGAUUAUGGCUGCUGGUGAGACGGGCAGGAAUGGAGGAAUCUCCAAUUCAACUCAGUAACCCACACAGCUAUGGCUGAGAUGCACGGAUCAAGGCUUCACGGACCAUAUAGAAUUCUUAUCCAAACCAGCAUCAGUUUGCCAGAUUUAGAGAGAACUGUCCUGCUAAUAAAUACACUGCUUCAAAAUCAUACUGAGUCCAGGUUCUUUCUGGCAUGAUACUCACUCCAAAGAAUCCGCAUGUUUUUUGCUGCAAGUGCUUUUGCUAUAUGUUAUAUUUUAUGUAUUUUGAUAGUAUUAAUAAAGUAGUAUAUAUCCACCAAACCAGAUGCUAUAGUUAGAUUGACAGCAAC